ACCACAUUGCUGCUUCCUAGUAGACUUGAAGUCGUCAGGUGUUGCUGUUACUAUGUCGACACUAAAGAAAGUUAUAUGGCCCCAAAUCAUUCUCUUCGGCGACUCAAUAACACAGUUUGCGUUUCAAGCGAACGGAUGGGGAUCCGAAAUCUCUCAUAAACUCGCCAGAAAAUGCGACGUGGUAAACAGAGGCUUGUCGGGUUACAACACAAGGUGGGCUAAGAUUGUGCUUCCUCGCAUCGUGCCCAUUUCUGAUGCUCCUAUUGCGGCUGUGACCGUCUUCUUCGGCGCUAAUGAUUGUGCAGUGGAAGACAAGAACCCCGCGCAGCACGUGCCUCUCCAGGAGUUCACGGACAAUUUAAAAGAUAUUGUCAAAUAUCUGCUGUCUAUAGGAGUGUCCAAUGACAAGAUCAUCUUCAUCACACCACCACCACUUCAAGAAGCCGCCUGGGAGAAAGAGUGCUUGCUAAAAGGUUCAGCUUUGAAUCGGCUGAACUCUGUGUCUGGUCAGUAUGCACAGGCCUGCGUUCAGGCUGCUGGACAGUCUGGUGUGGAUGUUCUGGAUCUCUGGACGCUCAUGCAAAAAGACGGGUAGGAUUUCUCAGUGUAUCUUUCGGACGGACUUCAUCUCUCUGAUAAAGGCAAUCAGUUUGUGGCAGAGCAUUUAUGGACACUUCUUGAGAGGCGAGUGACUGAUUUGCCUUUCAUUCUGCCUUACUGGGGGGAUGUGGACCCAAAAUGCCCUGAGAGCAGCCUACUGUGUGAUUAAAACAUAGGUCAAAUGAUGCACAGCGUGCAAAACACCAUUCAGUUCCUGUGGUUUAUAUUUGGACAUUUUUGGAUAUGCUUAUCGUCAUAAAUUGUGUAAGGACCAUCCACCAGUCACGACUCGAUUUGAAAACAGGAGGUGUUUUGAGUUACUCAAGUUAAAACACAGAUGUCACAGAUAAUGUUUAAUGUUCUGCCAAAAAUAUAUUUAGAUUUCUGAACGAUUAAUGUUUUGGUGAGGCCAAUUGAUUUAUUGAGCUUCUUAUACGCACUAAGCUUUUUAGUAGGGACAAUAAUGGCUUUCACUUCUGGCAAUAUCAAAUGUAUUUUCUUUCAGGGUCAUAAAAUAAUCAGAAACACUUCAGUGGAGAGUAGUGCUGUCAAACGAUUAAUCGUGAUU